AUGUCGACCUCGGCGGUCGCUCGCAAGGGUGCGUUGCCCCACACUGACGCAGACCUUGUCCAGGAGGCCUACCUCCGUGAGCUGAAGGCGUACAAGGCGCCGCCGAAGGACGAAAAUGCUCACAAGGGCCAGGUGCGCGAGUUCUCGGCGCCUGCUGCCCCCCGCGCGCCGUCGACGCCGUCGUCGUCCGAGAUCUCGUCGGAGCUCGAGGCGUACGCGGCGGCCGAGCCGGAUGCGGCGCCCGUGUCGCACGCCGCCGACGAGGCUGCGUCGGAGCAGCAGGACGUGAACGAGUACCUGAAGGAGCUGCAGGCCGACCUUCCCGCCGAGCCGCACCACUAG